AUGAGAUCUAUUUUGAAAAAAAUUCUUAUUACCACCGGUGUCUUCUUUCUUGUCAAUGUAUUUCUAUUAUUAAGUCUCAGACAUUUUCAUCCAGUAACUAAUAAAAAUGAACCGGAACCACCUUUGGAUAGGCCAAUUAAUCCGAAAUUUCGACCACUUAUUACUUCUACACUAUCACCACCUAUCCUAUCCAAAUUACCGAAAAUCGAUGUCAUUCUACCUGUUGUUGUUUUUGGUUGUAAUCGACCACAUGCUCUUCAAACACAUAUUGAAGCUCUUCUUCGAAUUCGUAAAAAUCCUGAAUUACAUCCAAUUAUAGUUAGUCUAGAUUGUCAUCAUGAUGCAACUGUUCAAGCUGCCAAAAAUUUUGGUAACAAAAUUAAAACAAUUAUCGAAUUACCUGAUCUUGGUCCUAUUCAUGUUCCUUCACAAUUUAGUCAUAUGGCUGGAUAUUAUAAAAUUGCACGUCAUUAUAAUUAUUCUAUCAAUUAUGUUCUUAAUACACUUAAUUAUGAAGCAAUUAUAAUUACAGAAGAUGAUUUGGAAGUAUCACCAGAUUUUCUUGAUUAUUUUCAAACACUUUAUCCAUUGUUAUUAUAUGAUAAAACUCUAUGGUGUAUAUCAGCAUGGAAUGAUAAUGGUAUUGAUAAAAGAAUUGCUCGAGAAUCAAGUCUUCUUCAUCGUACUGAUUUUUUUCCUGGUCUUGGUUGGUUAUUAAAGAAAACAAUUUGGAAUGAAAUAAAAGCUAAUUGGCCUGCAGGUUUUUGGGAUGAUUGGAUGCGAUUACCAGAACAACGUCAUGAUCGUGCUUGUAUUCGUCCAGAAAUAUCACGUACAGCUAUAUCACCAGAUGGUAAACAAGGAGUUAGUCAAGGUCAACAUUAUGACCGAUAUUUAAGAAAAAUUGUUAAAAAUAAUGAUCCUAUUGAUUGGACAGCUAUUGAUAUUAGUUAUCUUCUUAAAGAUCGAUAUGAUCCAGUAUUUCAAGCACAAAUUGAUGCUUGUCCAAUUAUUACUAUAUCCGAUUUAGGACAUUUAAAAAAUGAAAUGAAAUGUGCUCAACUACGUUAUAAAAAUAAGAAGGAAUUUGUUACUAUAGCUGAUACAUUGGAAAUCAUGAACGAUUUAAAGAGCAAUGUACCUCGAACAGCUUAUCGUGGUGUAGUGCAAUGUCGUUAUGGUCAAACAACUAUCUUUGUUACACCAAAUCAACAACCAUGGAAAGGCUAUGAAUAA